GCAGCAUACAUGACAGAGUGAACUAACUAACUUAGAACAAUCUACCUAACUAAACCUCUUUUAAUAGCUCUCUAUUUCGAUCUUACAUUAGAAGUUCGGCAAGCACGCGAUCGACGUCAAAUAAUGAUCCGAGAAAAUAAUCAUUCAGUGGGGUCUCGGCAAAUACAUGCGACAUAGAAGCCUCUAGACAGAAUGGGAAGUCCGAAAACGCUGAUAGAUAGAGAUACGUAAGUCGCAAUGUUCAAAUGAGUAGUGAAAUUGGGGUAAGAAUUCUCUAGUUCAUUUUUUACUCUUGUUCAAGAUUUUUUGGCUUGGAUAGACUUAUUCAACAUGUCCUCAACUACCAAAACGAACGGCGCCAAGCUUGGUGGGGAACCCUUGUUAAGUAGGGCAGAUGAAGUUGAAGAUCUAGUUGAUGCAGUGAAAUCUCUCAUCGUGCCAUUUAUCCGGGAUGCGGACAAUGCUGCCUCGACUCGAGCCAGCGGUUCUAUAGGUCCUGAUAGCCAAGGGGCUCCAGGUCGAAAUGUCUUAGUAGAUUUGCAGAAGCCAGAGGACUUAGUGAAGAAACUAGGAUUCUCAAUCCCCGAGGACGGGACCGGAAGGGAAGGAUUAUUAGACGUUAUCCAGACCAUCCUCCGCUACAGCGUGAAUACAUGGGACCAGGGGUUUAUGGACAAGUUAUACUCGGCCAUCAACCCGGUUGGCGUAGCAUCCGAGCUCCUCCUAACCGCACUAAACACCAACGUCCACAUCUUCAAGACCUCCCCAGCCUUAACCAUCAUCGAAAAGACCACAGCCCGCAAACUCGCCAACCUCUUCGGGCUAACGGGGCCCCGGGCCGGCGGGAUAAGCUGCCCGGGCGGCAGCGCCUCGAACAUGACGUCUCUCGUGAUCGCGCGCGCGGCGCUGUUCCCCGACACCAAGAGCGGCGGCAACGCCGGCCGCGCCUUCGCGCUGUUCACCAGCGCGCACGGGCACUACUCCGUCUCAAAGGCGGCGACGACAUGCGGCAUCGGCGCCGACGCCGUGGUCGCCGUCCCCGUCGACUCUUCGGGAGCCAUGAUCGCAUCGGAGCUGCGCGCCGCGAUCCUCAAGGCGAAGGACGAGGGCAAGACGCCGCUGUACGUCAACGCGACGGCCGGGACGACGGUGUGGGGGUCGUACGACCCGUUCGCGGACGUCGCGCGCGUGUGUCGCGAGUUCGGGGUCUGGAUGCAUGUCGACGGGUCCUGGGGCGGGUCGGCCGUGUUCUCGGCUGCGCAGCGCCAUAAGUUGGUUGGUGUGGAGCACGCUGACUCUGUCACGGUUAACCCGCAUAAGAUGCUCAACGUGCCGAUCCCGUGCUCGCUUCUGCUAACUAACGACGUCGCCGUGUUCCAGCGCGCGAACACGCUGCGCGCCGGGUACCUGUUCCACGACCCCGGCGCGGACGAGGAGGUCUGGGAUCUGGCGGAUCUGACGCUGCAGUGUGGACGCAGGGGCGACGCGCUGAAUCUCGCGCUCGCGUGGGUGUAUUACGGCGAUAGGGGGUUUGAGAAGAGGGUCGAUGGCGCGUUUGAGACGGCGGCGUAUCUGGCUACCCUUGUACAGGAGUCGGAUGACUUUGUCCUGCUGUCGAGUAACCCGCCGCCGUGCCUGCAGGUGUGCUUUUACUACGCGCCGGGCGGGGCGCUUGCUGACGACGCGGAGGAAAAUACGCGCCGCACGAGGGAGAUUGUGGCGAGGCUUGUGCCGAGGGGGUUCAUGAUCGAUUACGCGCCGGGGGAGAAGGGGAGCUUGUUCCGGGUGGUGGUGAACUGCUCGACUUUAAAGAGUACGGUGGGGGGUUUAUUUAAGGCGCUGAGGGAGGCGGGUAGGGAGGUUGUUCCUUUGUGAAAUCGUCGCGGAAUUGAUUUACUAGACAAACGUCGAUGAUUCUGAACACCUGAGUUUGUGUGUAUAUAUGCAUAUGGUUGCCCUGAUCAGGAUAAUCCAGGCACAGCUCAGCUUCGCGUGUGCUGAGCCGUAGCAGGUGGAUCAGAUUCGCUGAGGGCUUCCCCGCAAUCGUCCAAAUCUAGCACGAU